UACUAGCCAAUCAACGCAUAUUUAAGAACAAAAACCUUCUUUACCUUCAUCAGCUUGAACAUUAACCGCCAGAAAACCUUCUCCCACCAGCCAUGUUUACCGAUGUCGGCUACGAAAGGACCACGUACAGGCGGUCUGCCUCUCGCCUAACCAUAGCCGCUCAUUUGUUUGGCCUCUUAGCCUUCAUUCUUAUGCUGGUUUGGCUGGUGCAUUAUCGAGAGGGCAUCGAGUAUGAUUCUUCCAAUCCAAAUCGUGUUUUCAACGCUCACCCAUUUUUUAUGUUCUGUGGGUUCAUCUUUCUCGCCGGUGAAGCGAUGAUGGGAUACAAGACGGUUAAAGCAGAACACUCAGUGCAGAAAUUUUUUCAUGCGAUACUUCAUUUGACUGCCUUAUGUCUGGGAGUAACUGGGAUAUGCGCAGUUUUCAAGUAUCAUGAUAUGGUGAAUGUUGAAGAUAUGUAUAGCUUGCAUUCCUGGAUUGGAUUGACCACUUUUGUCCUAUUUUGCUUACAGUGGCUUCUGGGGCUGUCUGCAUUUCUUUUUCCAGGAUCUUCAACCAUAACAAGGGCUAAAAUGCUUCCAUGGCAUGUCUGUGGGGGUAGGGCACUUUUCUACAUGGCAAUAUGCGCAGCUCUUACUGGACUGAUAGAAAAAUUUACGUACAUGGGAAUUCAGCAUAACCGCGAAGCUCGUUUGAUCAACUUUACCGGACUAUCAAUCCUCUUAUAUGGCAUUUUUGUUGAUCUUUCUGUUGCCCUUGCUCGUUAUGUGUGAUUUCAUAACAGAUGGUUUUUUUUUUUUUAAAAUCUUUUGGGUUUGGAAGUGAUUUUUUUUCCUUUUUCAUUUCCAUAUUAUUAUAUAUUCUUUCAUUGAGUGUGACCAUAUUUAUUAUGUUGUAACCUGAAUUGAUAUUGAUAUUAUUAUUGGUGGAGAAGCAUCUAAAGUAUAAUACAUUUUCAGAA